ACAUCCGGUUUAUUUACUGGCAGCAUGGAUGGAUAUGACUUGUUUAAGAAACUUGGUGUUGGUGUAAAGUUUAAUGUUCAAAGAUUCCAGAAAGAUGCUGAGUUAUUUAAGUUAACACGCCCAGCUACCCAACAACAAAACCAGAAUGAAAAGACUCAAAUUUCGACUCUGAAAAGGAAAGUAUCACAACAAAGAGAUCAAUCAAGGAAGAAAUUCAAGGAAGAAGAAUCUGAAGACUCUAGGAGUGAAGAAGAUGAAUCACAUUCAGAAGAAGAUUUUGCAUCUAACAAUUCUCCAAAUAGUGAUGAAGAGGCUGAAGCAGAACUACAGUUACUUGGCAACAUCAAGUCACAAAAUGGGAAAAUAACACAUCAGCCAGACAGACAUAAGAAAAAGGCAGCCAAGGACCUAUCUUUAGAGAAAAGGGCCCAAAUACAAACAGAACAGCUCAACUAUGUUAAGAACAAGAAAAGGAUCCACACCCAUGGUACCGACAUUCCUCGCCUCCUGGAAACCUUUGAUCAGCUAGCCCAUGAGUAUAAUGUCCAUCCUCAGAUCAUCAGCAACAUCAAGGCAGCAGGCUAUGACCUGCCCACUCCCAUACAGAUGCAGGCCAUUCCUACCAUGUUACAUAGAAGGGAGUUGAUGGCGUGUGCUCCUACAGGGUCUGGGAAAACUGCAGCUUUUAUCAUCCCCAUACUCCACCACCUGAAGGAGCCCAGGAACCAAGGAUUUAGAGCACUUGUGCUUGCCCCUACUAGAGAAUUAGCAAAACAGACUUACAGAGAAUUUCAGAAGCUGUCAGAAGGAAGGGGCUUCAGGAUACACUAUAUUGAGAAAGCAAGCACCGCUAUCAAGAAAUUUGGCCCAAAAUCAUCUCAAAAGUUUGAUAUCCUAGUCUCCACACCCAACAGACUGGUGUACAUGUUGAAACAAGAGUGCUUACGACUCCACAGUGUUGAAUGGCUGGUCGUGGAUGAAUCUGAUAAAUUGUUUGAGGAGGGCAAGACAGGCUUCAGAGAUCAGUUAGCUGAAAUCUACAAAGCCUGUGAUGGUAAGAGCUUGAGGCGUGCCAUGUUCAGUGCUACAUUUGCGUUUGACGUGGAGGAAUGGUGUAAACUUAACCUGGACAACGUCAUUCAGGCCUACGUCGGUGCUAGGAAUUCAGCAACAGAAACCAUACAACAAGAAUUAAAGUUUGUAGGAACAGAAUCUGGGAAGCUGUUUGCUAUCAGGGAAAUCAUACAAAAAGGUAUCGAGCCUCCAGUCCUGGUGUUUGUCCAGUCCAAAGACAGAGCCAAACAACUGUUAAAGGAACUCAUUUAUGAUGGCAUUAACGUGGAUGCUAUACAUUCAGACAGGACACAGCUACAGAGAGACAAUGUGGUGAAGAGUUUCCGGGCGGGUAAGAUCUGGAUCAUGAUCUCUACAGAGUUAAUGGGACGUGGAAUAGACUUUAAGGGAGUUAACCUAGUCAUCAAUUAUGACUUCCCAAACAGUGCAAUCAGCUACAUCCACAGGAUAGGGAGGACAGGGCGAGCGGGUAGACCAGGCAGAGCUAUGACCUUCUUCACUGAGGACGAUGUUGUCAAUAUCCGCAGUAUUGCCAACAUCAUGCAUGAGGCUGGCUGUCCUGUCCCUGACUACAUGUUACAAAUUAAACGCCUGUCCAAGAAAAAGAGGAAAAAGAUGUCCAAGAAAGUGCCAAGGAGAGACUGUAUCUCCACAAACCUCAAAGCCAAACGCCUACAGGCCGCCAUCAAUGAAAGAGAGCAAACGAAGACUGCAGAUAGGAAGUCCAAGAAAAGGAAAUCAUCUACAGACACAUCAAGUAUGAAAGAUACACCAUAUAAAAAACAGAAUCCCUCGCAGGAAUCCCACACAGACUCUUCAUCAGACAUGUCGAGGAAGGCAAAGAAAGACAGAUCUAAAGUACGCACAAAGACGAAAAAGCAGAAAAAAACAGUGAAGCUGAUGUAGCAAGAUGAUUAUGUGAUAUAAUAAUGUAGCCUCCAUCAAAUCAUUUGACAUCUUUAUUAAAUUGUAUAAAAAAUUCCA